AUGGGCCUGAAAAGCUUUGAACAGUCGUCAUCAUCUUCGAUCAUGACGGAUCUCCUCCGCCGGUGCGGUGGCUACGCCGUCAUAGACGGCGGCCUGGCGACGGAGCUCGAGCGGCAUGGCGCCGACCUCGAUGACCCUCUUUGGAGUGCCAAAUGCCUCCUCAGCUCUCCUCACCUCAUUCGAAGGGUGCACUUAGAUUACCUUGAAGCUGGGGGAAACAUCAUAAUAUCUGCAUCUUAUCAGGCUACCCUCCAGGGAUUUGAAGCCAAGGGCAUACCGAGGGAAGAAGGAGAAUCCCUAUUGAAACGAAGCGUGCAAAUCGCAUGUGAGGCACGGGACAUAUAUAAUGACAGAGCCACCAAAGGUGGUUUUGACAUUAUUAAUGGAGAUGAAACAAGCAUAAAGCAACGACCAAUCUUAGUUGCUGCCUCUGUUGGGAGUUAUGGAGCUUAUUUGGCUGAUGGUUCUGAAUACAGUGGGAUGUACGGGGAUACCGUCACCAUUGAGACCUUGAAGAAUUUUCACCGGAGAAGAGUUCAAGUUCUAGCGGAUUCUGGAGCUGAUCUCAUAGCAUUUGAGACAAUCCCAAACAAAUUGGAAGCCCAGGCCUAUGCCCAACUUCUUGAGGAAGAAAAGAUCAAAGUUCCAGCUUGGUUUUCCUUCAAUUCUAAGGAUGGGAUUAACGUAGUGAGUGGAGAUUCAAUAGAAGAUUGCGCUUCAAUUGCUGAUUCAUGUGCGCAAGUUGUCAGCGUUGGAAUCAAUUGCACUCCUCCCAGAUAUAUUCAUGGACUGGUACAAGCAAUACAAAAGGUCACGAACAAGCCCAUACUUGUGUAUCCCAACAGCGGUGAGACUUACGAUGGUGAGAGAAAGUUGUGGGUGGCGUCCACGGGCGUUGCAGAUGGAGACUUCGUGUCGUAUGUUGGGAAAUGGUGCGAGGUUGGAGCUUCACUGGUGGGAGGCUGCUGUAGGACAACUCCUAACACCAUCAGAGCAAUUUCCAAGCUUCUCUCCACCAAGUCUUCUCACGCUUAGACCGAAUUGAAGCACCUAUACUAGCUACUAGCUACUAGCUAGCUUGUUGAAUCAAUGGUGUUGUAUCCUUAUCUAUCUAUUUGGCAUGUGCCACUGAAUAUCUCAUGUUAAUAAUAAUAAUAAUAAUGUACAGUUAUACUU